UGUUUUCUUUUGUCCAUGGAGUUGCCAUUUUUUCAUGGAAAGAUAACAAGAAGAACUUGUGAAGAACUGCUGGCCAAGAAGAGAAAGAAUGGUAGCUAUUUAGUACGAGAGAGCGAGAGCGUGGAAGGAGCCUUGUGUCUGUGUAUUUUCUUUGAAAACCUCGUCUACACUUACCGUAUCUUCAGGGAGCACCAAGGAUAUUUUAGAAUACAGACUUCUGAAGGUGCUCCAGAGAGGAUCUUCAGAACAUUAAAGGACCUGAUAUAUGCUUUUGAAAAGCCAGAUCAAGGACUAAUAACAAACCUCCGCUACCCAGUGAAGAAACAGAAGGCCUCGCAAAGAAGCCAGAGGUUCAACUCAGGAAUAGACAAGGUUUAUAGCGAAAUUGAUGACGCCGAUUAUGUCACUGUCUUACCGUGAAGGAUCUGUGCCUGACGAUUUGGGAAGCUGCCAUUUCAGGCUGUGCCACAGUGCAGUGGAUCGGCUGGAGAGAGCUGCCAGCUGGGCAUCCUCUGUGGGUCUUUACCAUUGGAAUUACUCUCUUCCUUUUGCAGACUGUCAGAGCAGCUGUAUU